UCUCAGCUCUUCUCUUCCAUCACUCACAAUGGAAGAAGAUGAUCAAAGAGAGUUACAGUUACUCCCUACUCCCUCACCAGGUUUCUCCUGCCCACCUUCGGAUUCUUCCAGUAAGAACCGGACUGCCAUGAAUCCUUCCGAUCCACCUUCGCUUGAGUUACAACUGUCGAUCAGCCUCCGGCCGGCUCGACCAUCUCCCAGUUCUGUCGAUGCCCACGAGUCAAAAACCAUUGACGCCUUGAAGCGGCAUGCCACAGAGCAAAUCCGACUGGCCGCUGUUGAGAAAGCUUACGCAGAGCGAGUCCGGGAGCUGACAAGAAGGGAGAUGGAAAUGGCUGAGUCGGAGUUUGCACGUGCAAGGCAUGUGUGGGAGCGGGCGCGGGAAGAGGUGGAGAAGGCGGAGAGGUUGAAGGAGAAGGCAGUGCGGCGGAUUGAUCCCACCUGCAUGGAGAUCACGUGCCAGGGUUGCCGGCAACGGUUCCGUCCGUAGUCUUAAUGCUCAGAAUCCCCACCUUAGCCCAUUCGCCGCCCGAGUCAAGACCCGGGUCUACUCGCCACGUUCCAAAUGGAUUGACUUGGUUUGCCAACUCCCAAGUUUAGUCAACUCGGCCGAGUUUCCAACUGAGUCACUGAGUUAGAGCCUCCUUCUCUUCAAGAAAGAAAAAUUGGGAAACAAUAAGGGCGCGUUUGGAUGCACCAUUGAAUUGGAUUGCAAUUAUUAGUCUAAGAAAGAGGAAAUGACCAAAUUGUGAUUUCCUUUCUAUUGGCAAGCUGGGCUCCAAAUUGUGAUUACGCCCCUUUCAGGUCUGACUUGGAAGACUGUAACUGCAAUUUGAGGAGGACCACCUCACUCUGCCAUUAGUUUCUGAAUUUCCAUAAUCCAAUUCACUUGUGCAUCCAAACGC